AUGAAAUUAAAUUUUUUAAAUAUAUAUAUUAUAUAUAUAUAUACGAAAGAAAGAACACGAAUGCCGAAAAACGUCGCAGCGAACUGUUACGAAUAAGAACACAAAGCGAGUUGCUGAACACUGGAAACUCGGCGCGAUUCUCCUCUCCUCGUCGCCCCCUCGCCUAUUAACCAAGAGUUGCCGUAACAAAAGUUGCUUCGUGUAAUAGCCGAAAUAGCAUCAAGCGUUACAGCAUGCGAUGGAAACUUCAUAUCGAGAUAGUUCUUGUUAUUGUCUCUAUUGACGAGACAGCUUCGAUUGCCUGUCGAAAUAGCGUGCUAUGGAACAUAGAACAAAAAAGCGAUCGAUAUUUUACGAUAAUAAGUUUAAUGUGUACUGGUUUGUAAAGCUAUGGAAGGAAAUUAUUUCCAAAUUAAAUUAGCUAAUGAGCUCUAUAUGGGAUAUUAAUAGUUCAGCAUGUUGAGUUUAAAAAAUAAAACUUCAAGAUGCUGGUACGAUAAACGAAUAAUUGAUUUUAAUAGUAAUGUUUAAAUAUUCAUACAUCUUAUUUAGUUUAAAAUGUAUAAAAUGGAACCUUGGAAUAUAAUAAAUUUGUUUCCUGCUCAAAUUGAAUGAAACAAUAAUAUACACGGAAGCCACAUUUACAUACCGUGUAUAUUUGAAAUGGGGGGAGCUAUGGGGAAAAACGGGGUCAACUUUUUGGAUGCUCUACCUUCACAGGGUACAUUACACAUUGUUAUGCUUGGUCUUGAUUCAGCUGGGAAAACGACGGCUCUGUAUAGAUUGAAAUUCGAUCAAUAUUUAAAUACAGUACCUACAAUUGGAUUUAAUUGCGAAAAGGUGCAAGGUAUACUUGGUAAAGCAAAAGGAAUACAAUUUCUUGUGUGGGACGUUGGUGGACAGGAGAAGCUUCGACCUCUUUGGCGAAGUUAUACACGGAAGCGAACAUCCGCCACGGGCCGCAAAGGUGCAAUUCCACAGAACUGCAAGUUACGGGACAGGUAGAUUAAGGUUACUUUUAGCUUAAGAAAGAAUAUGUAAGUUAGUUGCAAUUUAAAGUUUAAUAAAGAAGGUCAUACGGACCCAAUUAAAAUAAAACCACUUUUUUUCGGAGCUCUAGCAAAACUAGCGAUAACUGUCGCCCGAGCAAUGUGUUAAAAAAGCAACUCAAAAAAAAAAAACAGUUUUUGAAAAUUAAUAAUUUAGAAAUAUAUAAACAAAUUUUUUGGAAAGAAAACAAAAGAAACUUAUAAGUGAAAAUUAAUAAUUUAAAAAUAUUAAAAAGAAUUUUUUUUGGAAAAUAAAGUAAAUAAUUUAAAGAAAGUUUUAAGAGUUCCAAUAAGAAAAUUAUUUUUUUUACAAAUAAUAAACGGGCUCGUACAGCCAAUAAUAAAUAAAAAAUACAAAGUUGCGAUUCACCACCUCCAGCUUAUAACAUACAAAAUUUUCUGCGAUUCAUCACCAAAGGGACCCUCCAGAGAAUUAUAAACCAGAAAGAAAAAUAAAAAAGGGCUUGUACAGCCAAUAACAUAUAAAGUUAAAAAGGGCCGCGAUUCACCACCUAACGGGGGACCCUCCGGUUCUUAUAAAAGUAAAAUAACUCUGCGACUUUCCUGUAAAAGGGACCCUCCAGAGAUUAAUAAAGAAAAAGUAUUUAUAUAUUUUAAAGAAAAUGUCUAACCCAAAUAAAUUAAUCAGAUCACCAGUGCUAGGGAAUACAACUCCCGUUGCACCAACAGGACCUUCCGGUUCUGGCACCCAAAUUUCGCCAGAAUUGGCACAUUUAGUUAAAAACGUUGUAACUCAGAUGUUACAGACGGACGGAUAAAGCAUGAUAAAAAGUAUUCUGAAUAAUGGUACGAACCAGAACAUUAGGGAUCAAACUAUAGACGAAAGAUACAGAGACAACAUGAACGAAAUGGACAAAAUUCCCGACGUAGUGCGAUCACUACGAGAAUUUUCAGGAAACGCUUCAGAGUUUACCUCCUGGAAAAAGAGUGUCGAGCGGACUCUGAGGAUAUAUGAACCCUCGAAAGGCACACCAAGAUAUUUUGGAAUUUUAAAUGUAAUUAGAAACAAAAUUAUAGGGAAAGCGGACAUAACACUAGAGUCGUAUAACACGCCUUUAGAUUGGACAGCAAUAUCUCUUUGUCUAACUACCCAUUAUGCAGACAAAAGAGACAUUGGUACCUUAGAGUAUCAAAUAAUUUGUCUUAUACAGGGAAGACUAACGAUUAACGAAUUUUACCAAAAAGUGUAUUCGCACCUAUCAUUAAUCCUCAACAAAAUUGGUUGUAUGGAAGUAGGAGAGAAAGCAAUACAUCUUCUUACGGAAAACUACCGUGCUAAAGCCCUUGACACGUUUGUCAGAGGACUUUCGGGUGAUCUUCCUAGGCUUCUCGGCAUCAGAGAACCAAAAAGCCUACCAGAAGCUCUUCACCUUUGCCUGAAGUUAGAAAAUCAAAACUUUAGAGCAAAUCACGCUAACAAUCAAUUUCCUAGACAAUAAUUCCAACAACAGAAUUUUUUUCCAAAUCUUAAUCGACAAUUUCCUCAAACCAAAUUCCAUCCCGAGUUAGCUUUUAUACCAAAACCAAAUCAAAUAUUUAAUCCUAAUGGUCAACAAAAUCCCCAAAAUCCAGUAAACCAACAAUAUGGUGUUCAUAAUCAAAACCCAUUUAAUCAACCACCAAAUAAUCCCCCUCCAAGACCACCAAAACCACCUCAAUCAAUGGACGUAGACGUUAGCUUAAGAACAAAUGCUAUCAAUUACGCCAAUAGACCAAAUCCCAAAUUCACUGUCAAACGACCAUCAAAUCUUUCAAACAAAAAUGAUCUGCAACCAAAAGUUCAAAAGAAUUUUCAUGUAAACUCAAACUUUGAACCUUACAGCGAACAAAAUUAUCAAUACAACAAUGACUACCAAAAUAACGAAUACAACUAUGACUUUUCCGAUACAACACAAACCGACGAAAACGAACAAUCACUAGACCUGACAGAUGUACAUUUUUUAGAUUAAACAUCUCUUCGUAGCUUAUUUCAACUGCAAAACGAAGAGUGGAGAAAUUUUAAAAAUCCUAGUCGAUACAGGUUCCAAUAAAAACUAUAUUCAAUCAAAUUUAGUAACAAAUCCCAAAGAAAACAAUAACCCUUUUUACGCAAAUUCAAUCGGUGGAAAAAUACACAUUAUCCAUCACACUUUUCUAAAUCUUUUUAAUAUUGAAGAAUGCAAAUUAAAAUUUUUUUUGUCACCCACUCUUACAACUUUUCACGCAAUUCUUGGAAAUGAUAGUUUAAAGGAACUAUCAGCAAUAAUACAUACUAAAGAAAAUUUCAUGAUCGUAGCAAACAAACGUAAAAUUCAACUCCAUCAAUAUAGAGCCCAAGAUGUUCAUUCCAUUCAAAUCCGUGACGAACAUAUGAAUACUUCAGAAAAAAAUGAAAUUAAACAACUUGUACAAAAACACCAAAACUUAUUUUCAGAACCUAAUGAAAAACUACAACAAAAGUAUGAGCUGAAAUUAGAACAAAUUCAGAUACACCUAUCUACUCAAAACAAGAAGUAGAAAAACAAAUAAAUAAACUAUUAGAGGACGGUAUUAUCAGAAAAUCAAGAUCACCAUACAAUUCACCAAUAUGGGUUGUACCCAAAAAAGACGAUGCAUCAGGCGAAAAAAAAUUCAGAUUAGUUAUUGAUUACAGAAAACUAAACACUAAACACUAAACAACUGCUGACAGAUAUCCAAUACCAGAGAUAAAUGAAGUACUAUCACAAUUAGGAGAAAAACGAAUAUUUUCAGUAAUCGACUUAAAAAGCGGUUUCCAUCAAAUUCCUCUUAAGGAAUCUGACGUGGAGAAAACAGCCUUUUCAGUAAACAACGGAAAGUAUGAGUUCACAAGAUUACCUUUUGGACUGAAGAACGCCCCAUUCAUAUUUUAACGUACAUUAGACGAUAUUCUGAGACAAUAUAUAGGAAAAAUAUUUCUAUAUAGACGACAUAAUAAUAUUUAGCAAAGAUGAAAAUCUCAUUCAGAGCAUAUUGACAAAAUUUUUGAUACACUCCGUGAAGCUAAUAUGAAAGUACAAGCAGACAAAUGCGAAUUCUAUAAAAAAACAAGUAGAAUUUUUAGGAUUCAUAAUUUCUUCUGCUGGUAUUUCCACAAACCCAUCUAAAGUAAAAAGUAUUGUAGAUUUUCCAUACCCCAAAACACUAAAAGACCUUAGAUAUUUUCUAGAACUUUCAGGAUACUAUAGACGUUUCAUAAAAGAUUAUGCAAAAUUAGCUAAACCCCUCACAACUCUACUUCGUGGUGAAGAAGGUAGAAUGUCAAAAAAUGUUUCCAAAAAAAUCCAAAUCCAAUUAAACAAUGACGCUAAAGCAGCAUUUAAUAAAAUAAAAUCCACAUUGACAUCGAAAGACGUCAUUUUACAAUAUCCUGAUUAUAAAAAAGAGUUCAAUUUAACAACAGAUGCUUCCAAAUAUGCCAUAGGCGCUGUCUUAGAACAGAAUGGAAAACCCAUAACCUUUAUAUCUAGGACAUUAAGUAAUACCGAAGAAAAUUAUGCAGUUAAUGAAAAGGAAAUGCUUGCUAUUAUUUGGGCAUUAAAUACUUUUAGAAAUUAUCUCUAUGGAACGGCAAAAGUAGUAAUCCAUACAGACCAUUAACUUCUCACAUACGCCUUAAGCAAUAAAAACAAUAAUUCUAAAUUAAAACGGUGGAAAGCCAGACUCGAAGAAUAUAAUUAUGAAUUAAGAUAUAAACCUGGUAAAGCCAACAUAGUAGCAGAUACACUUUCAAGACCAUUCGAAAUAAAUUCUUUAUCAGUAGCCACACAUUCAGAUGACAGCUCAUCUCACAAUCUAAUUCCAGCCGUAGAAGUACCCAUAAAUGUUUUCAAAAACCAACUUUGGAUCUCUUUAGGAGACGAAGAUAGUUACCUAUUUAAAAUACCAUUCCCUACAUACCAUAGACAUGUAAUAAUUAAACAAACAUUUUCCUCAGAAAACCUAAUUUCACUUUUUAAACGUUACUUAAACCCUUCAGUGAUAAAUGCCAUAUUUACUUCCGAAGAAAUAAUGGGAAUAAUUCAACAAAUAUACCCAAUCCAUUUUUCCAAUUAUAAAAUUCGAUAUACUCAGAUGAAAGUUGAUGACAUUACGAACGAGGACAUUCAAAACGAAACAAUAUUAAAAGAACAUACGCGCACAUAGAAACCGAGACGAAAAUUCAAAACAACUCAUACAAAAAUAUUAUUUUCCAAACAUGAAAGCAAAAAUAGAAGCAAUAAUUAAACAAUGCAAAAUAUGUAAAGAAAACAAAUACGAUCGUCAUCCUAAUAAACCACAUUUACUUGAAACCCCUAUUCCACAAUAUCCUGGAGAAAUAGUUCAUAUUGAUAUAUACAGUACAGAGAAAAAUCUUGUACUUACCGCAGUAGACAAAUUUUCGAAAUACGCCCAAGUUAGAUCAAUAGAAUCAAAAGCAAUAGAGGAUAUCAGAGAACCCUUGCGACAAAUACUUUUUUCCUUCGGUGUACCGAAAACCAUAGUUAUAAAUAAUGAAAAAUCUUUAAACUCAGUCUCAAUACAAUUUAUGGUCGAAGACCAACUUGGUAUUAACAUUUUCAAAACACCCCCCUACGCUAGCAAAGUCAAUGGACAAGUCGAAAGAUUUCACUCCACACUUUCUGAAAUUAUGCGUUGUCUUCAAACCGGACGCACCUACCGCUCAUUUCAAGAACUUUUAGAUCGUUGCACCUACGAAUAUAAUUACUCAAUACAUUCUACAACCAGAAAAAGACCAAUAGAAACUUUUUUUGGAAGACGCGUUUCAAUAGACCCACAGCAAUAUGAAAACUCAAGACGAGAAAAUAUCGAGACACUAAGAAAACAACAGAUGAAAGACUUAGAAAUUCACAAUAAAACUAGAAAUCCAAUAAAAACCUACGCCCCAGGAGAAAUAAUAUAUGUUAAAAUAAAUAAACGAACAGGCUCGAAACUAACAGCAAGAUAUAGAAAAGAAAUUGUAAAAGAAGAAAAAUCCAGUGUCGUAAUCACAGAAAAAGGACGAUCAGUACACAAAAGCAAUAUCAAGACCUAGCUACAUAUCAUUCUUUAUUUUAAUUAUUCAGAUUUUUCGUACAUUUGGUGUAUGCUGACUUUAGGAUAAUAGACUAUACAAACUCACAACUAGCCACAUUUAGUAUAGGACCAGUAAAAAUUCAAACAGGAACAUUCCGACUGAUACACAAAGUGGACAAUGACGAAUACCAGAACGCACUAAACAAUUUAAAUAAUUCGAUUAGAACUAAAGUUAAAGAAGAAAACCCGCUCCUUCCUAUCCUCAUUAAUGAACUAAAACUGACACAGACAUACUUAAAUAGACUAAAACCAAAGAGAUUUAGGAAAUCAGUAAACGAAUUAGGAACAGUCUGGAAAUGGAUUGCGGGAAAUCCUGACCACGACGACUUAAUAAUACUAGAAAAUCAUAUUAAUAAUAUAAUUGAAAAUAAUAACGAACAAAUAACAAUCAAUAAAGUAAUUUUCGACAGAAUAAAUAAUAUUUCUACAAUAUCAAAUAAAAUUUUAAAAGAAGUACAAACAAAUGAAGUUGUACAACAUAAUAUUGCUAUUGAAAUUAAAUAUAAAUUAAAUAUAAUAAAAGAUGAGAUAAUUAUUAUAGACUAUGCAAUACAUUGGGCAAAAGCCGGCAUAGUUAAUUCUUAUAUUUUGUCAAAUGAAGAAUUAAAUAUCGCUCAUUUGCUGCAAGACCGGCAUAGAUCAAAAAACGUGAUUUUUGAGUUAAUGCUGCAGAAUUGUUCGUUAUAUCAUACUUCAUGUUGAGUGAAAAAUUCAUAUGAAUAUCUCUUAUAUGCUCCGCUUGAGAAUAGGUGUAAGGUUGGAGUCACCGUGUAAGGUUGUAGUCAGUUGAAAACUUUAAACGCGUUUUCUGGAAAAUCGAUUUUUUUGACUUAUGCCGGUCUUGCAGCAAAUGAGCGAUAUAUUAAAAUAUACACUAGGGAAAAAUAACUUUACACUAAAUAAUAUUGAAGAAUCUAUCGAAUUGGCAAAUGUUAAACUUGCAUCAAAUGAAACUAUGUUACUAUACAUUAUUGGAAUUCCGUUAUCUAAUAAAGAUCUCUGUGAAUCAAUUAUGAUAAAACCAAUAAAAAUAAAAAUGAAUAUAAAUAAGACUCCAUUGGAAAAUGUAAUAAAGAAUAAUAAAAUAUUUGGUAUAAGGAACAAAUGUAAAGAAUAAGCAACACUACCUGUGUCCCUCGUCUACUAAAGAGCAAACCGGCAGAAUGCAUUUUAAUAAAUAAUCAGCACAUACCAUCGGUAGAAAAUAUAUCACCUGGCAUUAUAUUACUAAACCAAUAUAACGGUACAGUAAAAAUUGACAGCCAAAGUAUACAUCUUUCCGGAUCAUAUGCAGUAGAAUACCAUAAUUCCACGGUGUGGAUAGAAAACCAAACAUACUUAUUUAACGAAAAAUUUACCAGCAAACCGUUAGCAGCAAUUUUACAACCAAAUAAACCAUCGUUGCAAGAAGAAGAAAUUUUAAGUUUGGAGAUGAUGAAGGAGCUUCAUCUGAACAACACACAUCAUCUGGAAAAAUUAAAACUAGCCCACACUGCAGCUUUAAUUACCAAUUUUUCGCUCAUAAUCAUCUGCAUGAUGUGCAUAAUCGUAAUUAUCACCAUUUUGAGUCUAAAAAAUAAAUGCAAAGCAAGUAUAACAGAGAUAUCAAAUUACCUGUAAAUGUUAAUCUGAACGAUCAUAAUGAAGUCAAAAUACCUGAAAUACCAACACUAGAAGGGUCAAUAACUCUGACAGAUCAAAUGCAGCGAACAAACGGGGACGUUUGUUUUUGACGGCGGAGGAGUUAACACGAAACAUAUUCAUAAUUAGAGCUGGCGCUAAUAUUUUAAUAACAAAUAUAGCUGAGCUAAUAUUUCGCAAUCGGAAAUAAAGUUAUAGCUGACAGUAAUAUUUUCGUCAACAAUAGGAAGCGAACAUCCGCCACGAGCCGCAAAGGUGCAAUUCCACAGAACUGCAAGUUACGGGACAGGUAGAUUAAGGUUACUUUUAGCUUAAGAAAGAAUAUGUAACUUAGUUGCAAUUUAAAGUUUAAUAAAGAAGGUCAUACGGACCCAAUUAAAAUAAAACCACUUUUUUUUCGGAGCUCUAGCAAAAAGCCCGAUAACUUGUAUGUACAAUUCACAUAACUACGCAGUGCACAUGCCAAAGCAAACAUUUGUAAUUUGUAAUACGAGUUUUAUUACGAUUAAAGAGCACUCAAACACUCCUCAGAAUCAUAAAUUCGUUGUUUUCGUUGGAAGUCAUAACCUUGCCAGCCGACUUUUUCGUCUUUCCACGCUUGAAGACAGGUUCAUAAUGUGCCGCCCACUAGGCGGACUGUUAAUUGGACACCAGUGUCAAAUAAUGAAACCAUGUUUUUAUUGUCACACACCGACGCAAAAAUUAAUUUCUAUACUUAUGUAUAUGUUCUAUACAUACUAUGUAUAUGUCCACAAAGUGUAGUGGUUGACACUACGAAUGACACAUGCAUAACACAUCUGUUAAAAGGCAAAGUCGGCAACUGCACAAAAGACAAAUAUCCAACAUUUUUAAAUUUAUUGGAUAUGUAAAGUUUGAAAAUGAAAAUAUACAUUUAAAUGGAUCGUAUGUAAUGAAGCAUUGCAUUACGAAAUGGGAAACAAAAUAUAUUAUAUUCAAAAAGAAAUAACUAUUUGUCAGCAUUAUUACAACUAAUAGCACAAUAGAAAAAAUGUUUUCCUUGAAAUCAGUUAAAGACUUUCAGUCAAGUCAGACUAAAAAAAAAGCUUUGCUAAAGAGACAAAAUUACAUAUACAGCAAAUGAAACAUACAUACAUAUAUACGAGUACUAAUUGUUAUCUCCGUAAUCAUAAUUGUUCUAAGUAAACUUAACCAAAGAAAACUAAAAGAAGUAAGGAAGAGCUAAUUUGGGUAGUAACCAAACAAGAAAGGAUUAAGGCCAGGACAGUACCUUCAUGUAUACAUACAAUAUAAGGCUUGUUAGUUAUUUGGGUUCUAGGAUAAGUUUUCACCCGAUUUUAAUCAUUAUAAGCACAAAGUCGCACCGUUAUAAGAAGAACACACUCUCUCAAUUUUAUUUAAAAAAAAAAUUCGCUUAUUGGCCGAUAUGUAUGUAGUAUAUAGUAUCUAAAGAAAUUGUUGAACCAUUUUUGACAUACAGAUAUUUUAUCAGAGAUGUGAAAAAUAGUUUUAAAUAAAAGUAUUUAUGUAAAUACAAAAAGGAAAAUACGUUUCUUGGUUUUUUCAAAAUAGGUUUUGAAAAUAAAAUAACUGAUUUUAAAACUAGUAUUUGUUCAAAGAGUUCAUCAUUCAAGUUCCUCCUAUGGGGACUCACAAUCAUUUCACCAAACUAAAACAGUCGUUCAAGAGGGGCAGAACUCGGUAAGCAGGUAUUAUAUUUAAGGGAGAGUUUUUUUUUCAUUUGGAUACCUGUUCAAGGAUUCUUAGGUAUUCAUAUUUUAAAUAUUGUAGUGUUCCCAGAUCUAUUGUAGUUGUAUUAACUUUAUCCCUAUUUUUGAGAUUCGCUUUAUUCAAAGUAUUUAACAGGAAUAAACAGUAAGACUGAAAAAAUCAUAGGCCUGUUCGUUUUGUACAUUUUUUGUUAGUAUGCAUGUUUGCUGUUACAGAGUCGCAUUGAAAACGGAUUUAUUUUCAACACCCUUCUUCAAUGUGAUUCUGUUUACAUAAAAUCUGAUUUAAAUUCAUUAGCUUAACAAAAUGUAAGUGCUUUGUUUUCGAUAGAUUUUUUGUUAGUAUAUCAGCUAUCAUAUUUUCGGUUGAAAUGUACUUUAAUUCUAUGUCACCACUCUGGACAACUUCUCUGACGAAAUGGUAUCUGAUGUCGAUGUGUUUUGACCUGUUAUGGUAAACUGGAUUCUUAGCGAGAUUCUGUGCGCUGAGAUUGUCGUCAUACAAUAUUGUUGGUGUGCAAGCCUUGCCACAGCCAAUUUCAAUUAUUAAACGUCUCAAGUGCAACGCUUCUUUGGUCGCUGACGAUAAAGCCAUAUACUCAGCUUCCGUACUGCUAAAGGCUACGGAAUUUGGAAUUUUUAAAUUCAGUUUCAAGUCUUUUGUUGCUGCUAAAUAGCGCAUUACAUGCUUCACCCCUGUGAGAUGUUCGGUGUAAGGGUUGUUGUUCCUUUGUGCUAAUUUCACAACCGAAUGGUAAAUAUCGGGUCUGGAAGUCAAAGCUAACCACAUCAAUUCGCCUAUUGCUGACUGAUAAGCCGUUGCAUCCACUUCCUCACACGUUUUUUCAUUGCACGCUACCUGAUAUCCUGUAUCCAAUGGUGUCGUUGUUACCCUGCAUUGAUGCAUGCCAUGGCGUUGUAGCAUAUCGUCUAUGUAAGGAGACUGAUUCAUUGAAAUAUCGCCUGUAUCGCCAUCGCGCUGAAUCUGCAUACCAAAGAACAUCUGAAGCGGGCCUUUAUCAACGCAUUCAAACUUGCUUGAGAUCAUUGUUUUAAUUUGUAUUAAAUCAGACUUCUUCUGGCACGCUAUAAGUAAAUCAUUUACUUAGAUUAAUAAUAAACAUAGGCUACCUUCUAUGUCCUUUUUAUACAGACACGGUUAAUUCUGCCAUUGAGAAAAACCAAUUUCACACAGCAUCGCGUUCAGUUUGGAGUUCCACUCCCUUCCUGCUUGCUUUAACCCGUAAAUCGCUUUGUUCAAUCGCAACACUUUUUCGCCACACGUUCUGUCUACAUACCCCUGGCUGCUUUAUGUUUUUUAACUCGCUGUUGAGAUAAGCCGUACAAACGUCCAUCUGAUGCAAGUGUAACUUCAGCUCGACAGAGAUCGCGAGUAUCAAUCGUAUCGUUUCAUAUCGACACACCGGAGAAAAUGUUUCGUUAUAGUUCACGCCGAACUUCUGCGCGCACCCCUUGGCUACCAAACGUGCUUUGUAUCACUCAACUGCGCCAGUUUUAUCUCUUUUAAAUGUGUAAACCCAUUUACACCAAAUUACUUGUUCACCCUUUGGAAAGUCUGCCACAGUCCACGUGCCAUUUGCCACCAAGGCCUUAUGCUCUGCGUUCAUAGCCGCCUACCGGUAUGAAGCAUACUUGCCGUCAGUUUCCUCUUUAAACGUCUGCGGUAAUGGUAUCUCUACAUGUUGCUCGGCCUGUAUAACAUUGUAGCUCUUCUUCGGACGUCCUGGUAUACUGCUCCGAAUAAUUCUUGAUCUACCUGGUCCUAUCGAACGAAUAUGUAUGUACUCUUUACCUUUCGCAUGGCAUUGGUUUUUUCGCGUUUUGUCUAAGCCAAUAGCCACGGACUCAAACUUACGCAUAUAUUUUACAUUUCUUUUUCUACCACUCCAAGCUUCAUAUGGUGUCAUGCCAAUCAACGCUGCAGUUGGCGAUCUGUUGCUGAUAUAGCACAUAGAAACUCUGGCAUAUUUGAGUGUACAAGUAAACUUCUUGCCAUCUCAACAAGAGUGCGGCUCACUCGUUCUGCGACGCCGUUCUGUUGGGGACAGUAGGGUACCGUCAGCUGACGCGUUAUGCCCUGUUGUUUUAUGAAGUCAUCGAAACGCUUGUUGAUGCAUUCUCGGCCGUUGUCGCUUCGUAAAACCUUGAUUUUCCGCCCAGUCUGGAAUUCGACCAUUUUCUUGAUGGUUAGGAAAUUUUCAAAACCUCAUCUUUAGACUUGAGAAAAAAUGUGAAAAUACGCCGAGCCAUGUCAACGAUGAAUGUUAAAAAAUAUGAUGAGCCCCAAGAGUUUUCAAAUUGGCCGCAUACGUCGGUAUACACUAGCUCCAACAAUUGUUUUGCUCGAUUUUCAGGCGCCGCUGGAAACGACUGAGUGUAGACUUUACUUUUCAUACACGUUUUACACUGCGUACUAUCUGCAAACUUCACAUUUUCUAUGCCGAACACCAUUUUAUUUUUUGUUAGCUUCAUCAAACUGCCAUAAUUUAAGAGGCCAUAUCGAUUAUGCCAAACUUCUGUACUGCACUGUGCUUCACCAAAACACACAUUGUUAAUACACUCAAAUACAGAGCUGAUUAAUUUUGCUACAUUAAGAAACUCAAAUAAUUUUUUUUCAGUGUAUGGAAUUCAAUUUUCUUUUAUUCAUGUUAAAACUCAUUCAAUUUUAUUAAAUAUAACUUAAUUAGUUUUAAAAAUAAUGGGAUUUAAAUGAACCGUAACGGUGUGACCGUUUUCUUCGAAGAAGUAGGGCCCGACAAUGCAGCGUGAUGAAACUGCACACCACACUGUGACGUCUCAUGGAGUAUCUGUGGGUUGGAAGCGCUCCAUAUUCGACAAUUUUGUUUGUUUAUGCCGUUUAAAUCGAACUGGGCCUCGUCAGACAUGAAAAGACAGUUCAAUAUGUUUCCAUCCUCUUCUACCAUAUGACGCAUCUUCUGGCAAAAUUCCAAGCGAAUCGGCAAGUCUGCAGCGUUCAGUUUGUUGGCCAUUUGAAUUUUAUAUGGGAAUAAGUCCAAAUCUUUGUGCAUAAUUGACUGUAAUGACUGUCUGCUUACACCCAUUUGAGCAGAUAAGCUUCUUGUCGAAACACGUGGAUUGUUUUGUAUGGCAGCAGCUACAGCAGCCUUCGAACUGAAAGGUUUCGAUGGUAAGGUCUUCUGUUGACUGUCCCAUACUCGCAAAUUGUUUACAAGUCUCAUUAUGGUCCAUCUGCUCGGAGGAUUGCCGCCAAACGUGCGCCUAUACUCUCUUUGAGCCGAAACUACGGACUCCAGUGCGUGAUAGCGGUGGACAAUCCAAAUUCUUGUUUCAGUGUCCCAGUUAUCCAUUUUUGUUAAAUGUAAAAGUCAAUCUGCAAAAUAAAAAAAAAUUAAUCAGAAUUAUUAAAUAGAAAAAAAGCUAUUUAAUUUUUUUUUGGUAGCGGCUUUCAUCAGCCACCCUGUACAAAGAAUUUAUUUCACUUUUCUGCUUUUAAAAUUUGUUCGCCGUUCUGGCUUACGAUAGCGUUUUCGUUGUUAAAGCUUACUGUACAGCUACGGUCGACAUCUCGACUCACCGAUACAAAAUUCCCCUUCAUUUGCGGGACAUGCAAUACGUUCUCCAACCCUAGCUCACAAAAAUCUGUUUGAACUACAACGUCCCCUCUGCCUACUGCGCGUAUAAUGUUUUUGUCGGCCAACAUAACAUCCUCUGCUUGUGUGAGCCACACAUAUGUGCCGUCGCACCGCUGUCCAGGUACCAUCUCGAGUGUUUUAAGUCACCCACAUCUGUCGCUGCUAAAACUGUAAACGACCUACUUAUGUUGUUGUUGCGAUUCUGUCGAUUUUUCUUUUACUUUAUUUCUGCAUUGAUUUUUGUAUUGACCCCGUUGACCACAUUUUUAACAUUUGAUAUGACUCUUCUCCUCUCGCUUUUUCUCCAUCGGCUUUGUGGUUGCUUGAAACGCCUGUUGUUCACUGUAAUGAUCUGUUUUAGAUAAACUGCCCCUGCGAGAUCCUUCCUCUAAUAACUUUAUUUUUAAUAUCUCAAGAGAGGCAGGCUAUUGCGUGUUUCCAUGGCGAUCACGAAAUUUUUAAAGCUUUUGGGCAAGCUUGAAAGUAAUAUUAUUCUUGCCAGCUCUUCACUGAACUUAAUGUCAUGAAUGCUGGUCUCUGUCCACUGGUGACUUUCCACGUCUCUGCAUGCACCAGCACGCUGCGCAUUUGGAUGCUCCAGGUAUCGUAGUUACCUUCAACUAAUUUUUCAAUUUGGUACAUGGAACUCAUUGCGAUUGGAUUCUUAAAUGAAUACUCGUAUUAGUAUAAAUUAUAUACUUUAAAAUAUUUUAAAUGUAAAAAACGCGGGACCCACGUGCCUGCGCCAAUAACCUGUUGAAAUUUCGCUUUAUUCAAAGUAUUUAACAAGAAUGAACAGUUAGAGUGAAAAAAUCAUAAACCUGUUCGUUUUGUACAUUUUUUGUUAGUAUGCAUGUUUGCUGUUACAGAGUCGCAUUGGAAACAGACUUAUUUUCAACACCUAUAACUGCGCAAUUAAUCAGAUCCAAAUUUGUAGGUGACAGACGGCACCUAUGCGACUUUGAAACUCUCAUAAACAGCUGAUUGUCAUUUUUAUAAUAUUUUCAAUGAAAAUGGAUAGAAGAUAAUAAUUGCGAUUGUUAGCCGACCAAUUUUUACAAAACCAGUUUGUAUUACAAGCAUAUCAACGCGACAUUUUCAAAACUGUAUCAUAACAAAACAUCAUAACAUAAAACUUUUUAAUUUAUUAUUGAAGAUUUAAAAAACAGCUGUCAGUGUUGCUUGUUUCUCAUUCACAAUAGAUUAAAGUUGGCCAUUUUUAUCAAUUUUGCCAACAAAAAUGCAGCUGAUUCUCUUUUGAGGAUUAAAUCGGAGUUAGCAACAGAUAACGGCUCAAUAACUCCUGAAUUAAUCCGGACUAAUGUUUGACAUGGAGAAGUAGGGGAUUUUCCAGUUGAUUCUAGAUAUUUUUCACAGGCUUCAGGAGACCUCGAACACAGAUUCCAAACUGCUUAACAUUUUCCUAUAGGUGUAUCAUACAUUUUUUUGCAUGAAUUACUUUGGGAUCUCUCACACAUCUUCUGUGGCUAUUAAAGUAAUGUGUGUGUGGCACACCUGCCAACUCUUGGAAUGACUCCGGAAAUUGUCUUAGGGCUAACACAUUAUCAUCAUCUCCAUCAUCAAUAUUAUCAUGCAUUACAUCAACAUUUUCGAUAAGAGUUCCUUCACUUAUUUUUGUAUCUGUAUCUUGUCCAUAUUUUCUGAAAGCUUUGAAUUAACUUGAUACAUUGUCCGUAAUAGUCUUUAUUAUUUUUUAAAGUUUUAAACCAAAUUUAGAAUGAAUCUCCGCAAUCAGCUCAGCUACUUCAUCAUUACUAUGUGUUCCCUUAACUAUUCUGCAAGCCGAAGUUACACUUUUUUUUGAAAGAGUGGAUUGUUUCAAUAUUUUAGAUGAAAUGCAUCCCUCAUCAGCAUCACCAUCAUCUUUAAUCUUCCUGUUACGUUGAAUUUUGAGUUUAUCAUACUAUGCUAAUACAAUAUAUCAGCAUGACCUUUUGUUUACAAAAGUAUUAGUAAUAGUUUAAGGCAUAGAAUAUCUGCGAUUUUGAAAUUGAAAUAAUUUGUUUAAUAAAAUAAAAGACAAUUAAAGUUUUUAUUUUUACUUAGUUUUAAGUGGUUCAAAAAGUUGGAUGUAGAAUUUAAACUUCAUUUUAGUGUUUUCGAAAACUUUUUGCAAGUUAUACCUACGUCCCUUUCAGGAUCAUUUGUAAUGUCUUUGAAGAAGUGUUUUAAUAUAAAUGGAAUGUUCUUGUACUUAAAUAAAAAAGGUGCGUGGAGUCCCUACGCGCGGAAGAAGUUACACUUCUUAGUGAUAUUCAGAAGCAAAAUGCGAAACGAUCAUAUAUAUGUAUACAUAUUAUGUCGUUUGAACAUUUGUCUGUAUGUUUGCGAAAGCAAAUGUUCUACAAAAGCAUAUUUCUAUACUUAAACAAAAUUAUUAGAACCAUCGUAUGUUUCUUACAUGCAUAACCAAAUCAUACUUAAGUCAGUGCAACCUAAGCGUCGGUGGUGGUGUUGGUGGCAAGCGCUUGGAAAGUCAAUAUGCUAACACAGUGAUCAAAUCUCGACAGAAUAAAUUUUAAAUUUUUUGCUUUUACAAAUACAAAUAAAUAUUUUUCGUACUAAUAGAAAUUAAAUUUAUCACAGCAAUAUUAUGUAUAUCUAUAUUAUGUAUAUUGCUGUGAUAAAUUUAAUUUCUAUUAGUAAGAAAAAUAUUUAUUUGUAUAGUAUACGAUGUUAAAAGGCAUACAUCUUCUUCUAUCCUAUCUUGUGUAUCUGCACAUGCUAAUAUGAGUGUAUGUAUACGCAUGUGCGCGUUCAGAAAUUGAAAUCAUAUUUUCAUAACUUAUCAAUAUACUUAUUACAUGUGCGCGCAUUGACUUGCAUGUUCAUACAUUCAUACAUAUGUAUGUACUUAUAUGUACAUAUAUGUAUUUUCAUACAUUGCCGAACAAAUAAUGCACAAGCAUACAAAUAUACAUAUGCGUAUAGGCAUACGUGUGAAGUAGGCGUGUUUGUACUGUGUUCCCGAAAUUUCUUGGUAAAUUUCUGGUUUUUUUUUUAUAUUGUAUGAAGUGGGUUAUUGUGUGGGACGUUCCAGGAGGAUUAACCACCUAAGUGGACACCAAACCUACGGGAUUAGAUAAGUACACUUAUACUUAAAUAUAUUCAAUAGCACAUACUUUUUGUGUUUUCCAAUUUGCAAAAUUGUUUGGUUUUUUCCUCUUAUAACAAACGGGGAGUUAAUUUGUGUUUUCCUUUUUCUGCCGUUGAUAUUUUGAUGCAUCAGCUGUUUCCCUCCUUGUGUUUUCGUUUUCCUUUUGGUUUGUGCAUUGCCAACCAUCGAAAACACAAGUAUCAGCUGUUUUCUUUCAGUUCUGGCAUUGCCAACCGUUUUGUUUUUAAGUUAAGCAUAAAAGCUAGCGACUGAACAUACACAGCGACGGGUGUUCCCAGACUAUCUUUUUUUCAUAGGUAUGGCCUCUGAAAAUAGUAUUGGGCGAACAACGGAUAACCCUUUCCGAAGAAUUUCAAAAAUAGUGAGAACGCCGCCUAAAUGAAAAAAUGAGGAGUCCGCCGCUGCUGGACCAAAUAAGGAAUGUGAUGCUGCCGAUCAUGUAAGCAAAAGCGAUAAGCCCGAGGAAUCGCGAAAAAGAGAAACGGCUAGCAUUUUUAGCAAACUAGGGAAAAAAUUAAAGAAUUGGAAAACAUGAUGGCCGGCCAAAGGCAUAUUAACCAGGCGAUGGCGUGGUUAAAAAGAGGAAAAAGGUGGAAAAGAAAAUUAAAACAAAACCGGAUGCCAUCAUUAUUACGAAGAAGGAAGGGGCGUCGUAUGCAGAUAUUCUGCCGAAAAUAAAAAGUGACAGCGGCCUCGAGAAGUUGGGUUCGAACGUAACCUCUGUUCGAAAAACCCUCAAAGGAGACCUGCUUUUAGAAUUGAAAAAUGGAGUAGACACAAAAGCAGAAUCCUUCCAAAGCGCCCUGGAGGGAGUGGUUGGAGAAAUGGCUAUGAUACAGCCCAAAACUCACAACGUUACGAUUGUAUGCAAAGAUCUGGACGAAAUAACAACUCCCGAAGAAAUCUGCACAGCAUUGAAAAGGGAGUGUGGAAUCCAAAAUCUGGAGAUAACAAGUGUCAAAAGUCUGCGAAAAACGGUCACAUGGCUCGUAAAUGCCGCAGUUUGACAGACAGAUCUUCCCUAUGCACACGUUGUGGAACCGCAGGACAUUUAGCAAAGUCGCGUACAAACGCUCGCCAUACUAAGUGAACAAUACUCCCAGCGUCCGGAAAGCACAUGGAUUGCAGACAAAGCUGGCAAGGCAGCAAUAUGGUCCUGUAAAGGGCAACCUUUUAAGACCUGCUCCAGAGAAAAACAUAAUUGUUUCACAUGGACAAAUAUUCAGAGGAUUUAUUUUGUAAGUUGCUACGCUCGUCCCAGCGCAGCAAUUGCAGAAUUCGAAGAUUUUCUCUAAAGGCUGUCUUUAGAAACCAGAGGCAAAACACCUAUUAUAAUAGCGGGUGAUUUUAAUGCUUGGUCAAGUGCAUGGUACAGCAGAUGUACAAACCACCGCGGGCGGCUAAUUCAUGAAUAUUUGAGACAAACGCACUUAAAAAUAAUGAACAGCGGAACACGAAACACUUACCAAAAAGGCAAUAAAGGAUCCAUAAUUGACAUUAUGUUUGCAAACGAUUCGCUGAGCAGUCACAUUAAGUGGGCAGUGUCCGACAUAUACACAAACAGUGAUCACAUGGCAAUUAUUGCACAAAUUUCGAGCAGGAGCUUCUUAGCAGAAACCCCUCCCGAAAGCGAAGUUGGAAACAACAAGAGUUCGACCCAUACCUGUUUGACCUAGUCUGGAGUGCAUCAAAGGCAUCUGGUGACUGCGCCGCCCACUUGGUAUGAGCAGUUCGAAAAGAACUGGUGGUAGCAUGCUAUACAACAAUGCGUAGAACGUCACAUCACAACAAGCGGCGGCCUGUAUAUUGAUGGGAUGAGGAAAUUUCCAUGCUGAGAAAGCUUUGUCACUCAGCUAGACGUCGUCUACAGCGUAACUGAGGCGAAACGAACGAAAACCGCCUUAAAGAGGAAUUUAAAAGCAACAAGAGGCUCCUGAAGUCGGCAAUUACACGAAGCAAAAAAUUGUGUUUUGAGAAGCUGUGUGAGGAAGCAAACUUUGACCCUUGGGGUACUGCAUACAAAAUAUGUAUGUCCAGAUUUAAAAACAAGCAGCAGCAACCUAAAGAUGCCUCUUUUAUGGGAAAGGUCGUCGAAACACUAUUUCCGAAACACGACCGGAUUUGAUAUGCCAAGCGACGAAACGAAGCUGUAGAGUCACCCCCGUUAAUCACGGAAGACAAACUAUUGGCAAUCGCAAGGAAAAUCAAAAACACCAAAGCGCCUGGAUUGGAUGGCAUACCAAACAGAGCUCUGAAGGAAGCCAUAAGCUGAAAACCCCGAGUUUUCGGUAAAAUGUACAACGCUUGUUUAAAGGAAGAGGUAUUCCCCGAUUCUUGGAAAGUACAACGUUUGGUUCUGCUCCCAAAACCAAAGAAACCAUCUGAAGAACCUUCAUCGUACCGACCUCUGUGUAUGCUUGACACAAUGGGUAAAAUGUACGAAUGUAUAAUACGAAACCGCUUGGAGUUAGCAAUCCAGAAAGCCGGCGGAUUAUCAGAGAGACAAUACGGAUUUAUAAAGAAGAGAUCCACUAUUGACGCACUACGAGAAGUCGUCGAUACUGUGAGAUGUGCAGUAAGUGGCAAAAGAUGGAAAGGUGGCACAAAAAAGUACUGCGCGCUGAUUACCCUGGAUGUCAAGAAUGCGUUCAACUCAGCAAAAUGGGCCCACAUAAUCAAAGCCCUGGACGAAAUACGGGCCCCUGAAUAUCUCAUAAACAUAAUAACGAGUUAUUUUAAAAACAGGAGGCUGAUUUUUGCGACGGACGAAGGCACCAAGAGCUACUCUAUCUCGAGUGGUUUACCCCAAGGCUCAGUGGUAGGCCCACUAGUAUGGAAUCUUAUGUACGAUGGGGUGCUAAAAAGACAGCAACCAACAGAUAUUAAACUAGUAGCUUAUGCGGAUGAUCUAAUGGUGGUAGCAGUAGCCAAACAAUUAGCCGACCUGAGAGUCUGAAACUGGCGGAGGAAAAAACAGUAGUUUUACUCAUAAGUACUAGGAAGAUAGAAGAACGAAUAGAGCUCUCCAUAGGGGAGUGCGAGAUUACCUCGCAGCCGCAACUGAAGUAUCUGGGAAUAAUAUCUGGGAGCAACUGAAGUAUCUGGGAGAUUCCAAAUUAAAAUUUAAAGAACACCUGGAGUAUUCUUCCGCGAAGGCAAACAAAAUGCCCUAUCGAGAAUGAUGACCAAUAGAGGCUGUGUGUGUUCCAGCCGGCGAUUCUUAAUGGCGAAAGCAAUGAGUUCCGUAAUAAUGUAUGCGGCACCAGUUUGGAUACAGGCAAUGGAUAUAAAAGCGUAUGCUAAACAAAUAAUUGCAGUGCAUAGGCUUUCUGCAAUUUAAGUAAUAAGUGCUUUCCGGACUAUAUCAACCGACGUUGCUGAAGUAUCAGCCAGCAUGCCGCCCAUUGACAUCCAGGGAGAUGACCUCGAGCGUUUAUAUCAUCUACCAGCGCCUAAAACAGUAUCGGCAAAGACAGGGAAGAGGAACAAUAGCAUUAAAAUGUGGCAGGAGCGGUGGAAUUCCUCAUCCAAAGGGCGUUGGACCCACCGACUUAUACCGGACAUCCAUUCAUGGAUAGACAGACGACACGGUGACUUAGACUUUCAUCUGACCAAAAUACUUAGUGGACAUGGGUGCUUCAGAAGCUACCUUUUCAGAUUCCACAAUGACAUUAGUCCGAACUCUCCAACGUGUACAGAGCAGAAGACUCAGAACUUGUACUAUUUUAUUGCCCUAGAGCAGAAGACUCAGAACUUGUACUAUUUUAUUGCCCUAGAUUUUCAAAUACAAGGGAAAAACUAAAAACCACACUAGGUGGUAGUUUUACAGUCGAUAAUUUAACGACACUCAUGUGUCAGUAGACCGAUAAAUGGAAAGCUGUCAGCGAAGCGUCAGCAUCCAUAAUGACAAAACUGAGACUUUUUGAACAAUUUAGGCGUCCGUCAGUCCGCACGAUAGAGGAGACUUAAAUGUCUUGUCCCUCCCACGAAGUAAUACUUUGCUGGUGGUUCCGUGGGAGAGUCUUGAGGUGGGAGUAGGUUAGGUUUAGCGGAUUAAAACGGAUAUUUUCGCAUGUUUGCAGGCGAAGCUGCUACACCGGCAAGGGGUGACAAUCGGCGGCCAUUACUUUACUUAUGCCAUAGAAAUUCUAUUGCUACGAAUAUGGAAAUGACACCGAAAUAAUACAAAUAUGCAUAUUUCUAAAGGUCAUUAAUUUUUUUUGAAGAAAUGAAAGGGAUGAGUGAUCCUGAGAAGUAUAUUCUUAACUUUUCAACGGCCAACGCAGAGUAUUUCAACCAAAAGGAAUUUAUUCAUUAAAAUCACCACUCAGAAGUCGUUUUAUCCGUUGUAAGCAAACGAUUUUCGGAGAAACAUCAUUUCUAAUAUGCCCCAAGACAAAACACAAUGAACUUCUUAAACCUCACGCUGUCAGAUAAAAUGAUAUACCUCGUCAUCGCGGGUCGAUUUCCGAAAAUCUAAAUGAAGACUAACUACAGAAAUGAUUCUGUGAAGUAUAGUCUUAAUUUUUCAAAGGCCAACGCAGAGUAUUUCAAACAAAAGUCACACAAAAUAGUUGAGAAUUCGCAGAAAUGAAAGACAAACGGAAGAAAAAGAAGUAUAACUUCAAUAAUGCACAAGCAUACAAACAUAUGUACAUAUGCACACACAUGUGAAUAUGUCACCAACCAAAAAUUGAAACAUUGUUCUACAAAAACAACAACAGCAUAAGCAUGGCAACAUUGUGUUUUUGGUAGAAAAGCCGAGCUGUGCCGAAAGAAACGAUCGCCGAUUGUCACCGCUUCCCUUGCUACUCGAACAUCUUCGCAGUUGCGUUAGAUUCAUAUUGAGCAAGGUUGCGCAACCUGAAUCUAUCGCAACCUUUUCUGAACUCGUGUAAGAAGUAUAACUACAAUAAGAGGUCUUACAUCACUUAUGUACUGUACCUACAGUCAAAUGUAUAACAAGUAAGGAAAGGCUGCGCUCAGGUGCAACCGAACAUUUUAUAAUCUUGCCACUUGAAAUAAUCAAAACCAGUGAAAUGCUUUAAGGCAGGGAUGGGCAUAUUAGCCCUCAGUGGCAUUUUGCCCGUGCGGGCACGAGUACACAUUUUGAGGGCUAGGUGAGGGGAUCAUCGCGGGCAAACAUGAAGAGGGAAGUGAGAGCAACGUAUUUUACCACACCAUGUUUACAAAUGAGAGCGCACGCAUAUAUGGGAAGUUGCACUGUGGGUAAUAACAGUAAAAUUGCCUAACAAUUUUAAGAUUCUUUGUAACUACUAUAAAUUUAUACACGCAUUAUUGUAUAAAGUACAAAAAUUUAAAUCAGAUAACCCACUUCUUAUCUUAUAUAUAAUUUUCGAAGCAAAAAGUUUCAAACCAGGUUAUUUCUUUAAACUUCCUUAUAAAAAGUGAUUUCAAUAAUAACUUCAGUUUAUGAACCACUGUUUCUUCAAACACAUAUGACCAAAUGAAUCAUAUGAGAGCGCAAUGUAAAUACAUAAUUACCCAACAACCCUUCUACCAUCCGCCAAUCCCAGAAUUUCCAACGACUCAGCUGAUUGCUCUCUUACACCGCGGGGUUGCCAGGCUCGAUAUGCGGUAGUAAUUAUAAAAAUUGUCUUCAAUAUAUUUGAAAUUUUCUUAAAAUAACUCAAAUUCAGAAUCGAAUGCUAUUAUUUACAAAUAUAUAAACUAGUUUUAAUAGUUUGAUUUCAGUUUUGAUAUUUUUUAUUAUGAAAAAUUAUAAUUGAAAACACAGAUGUGUACAAAACUACAUAUGCGUAUUGAGUAAUGGCAACAUUGUUCGAAUGAAAUCGAGAACAAAACUCUUGCCGCUCGUGGCGAAGUGAGAAGAUGUUUCUGCCAUUAGCGUUUGUACUCUACGAGCCACUCUCAAUCAAUAAUGCCAUACCGCGCAAAUAUAUUUUUAUUUGAUGAUUUCUUAUAUUUUUGAAAAUAUGUAUGUGUUCCCUUUCUAUAGCGCAUAUUAUUAUUUUAAAACAUUUCCAGAGGCAACUUAGAUUUUUAAAAUUUAACAAAACAAUUAUAGAAAAAACCCUCAAUUCUUUGAUUUUGAUAAAACAACCAAACUGAAAAUAUCACAAAUCAUAUAUUUAUGUAAGCAUUUUCAUUAAAUGGAACUGCAAUAUGUUUAAACACAAUAUGUAAAUAUAAUGGUCACAAGUAUCUUUUCUUUUUUAUAUAUGCAGAUAUGCAUAUGUACGUAUAAAUGGCCACAACUUGAUAAAAGUUUGCCGAAUUGUAACUAAAAUGAAUUUUUACAACUGGCAUUGCCACCAUUAACUGAUCUAUCACAUGUACAGUGGUGUAAACAAAAUAGGAACAACUAUAGGUGUUGUGAAGUUUUAAAAUGUGCUGUUUUCUUAUUAAAUAAAAUUGUUUUUAGAUACAAGUAUAACUUAUAUAUUUUUUCCUAACAGCGAUUAGAAUUUCCCACCAUGCAAAGGUAAAUAAAAACAAAUUUUAAUGCGAAACUCUAAAUCCUGCAAAUUAUGUUUACCUCUUUUUGUUCACACAACUGUACAACCCCGAUAUGAAGUAAACUUCCGCUCUUUAAUUUGUGCACAAUGUCAGUAUUGCCGCAAUCACUCUGCGAUAAACAUUAAAUUACGGAGGAAUGUAAUUGAUUUUUUUCGCAACUUUUCGCAACUUGUUAUGCCCUUCUCUCCGUAAACUGAUAUUCCCCUCUUCUAGCCCCCGUGCGCACUUUGCUAACUUUGCGGGCUAAAAAUGUGCCCAUCCCUGCUUUAAGGUGUACAACCAUAUAGAGCAAAGUCAGCCGGAUGCUCGAAAAUCCUGAUAUUAGUUAUAUAGGAGCCCUUUUUUGCUCAAAUUUAUCUAUUUUAAGCACAAAGAUACACUGUUAUUAGUAAAACACGUUCUCUUAUUUUCACUGAGAUAACUCAUAUAUUGGUCGAUAUACGCGGUACAAAGUCACCCGGAAGUUCGAAAAUCUGUAUAUUAAGUAUAUAGGGGCUAAGGGAAGUAUUGGUCCGAUUCAACCCAUUUUUGAUAUACAGACAUUCCAUGUCUAAAUAUUCGGUACCUAUGUGCUUGAAUAGUGUUUAUUAGAUUUAAACAAUUUUUGGGAAAAAAGUGGCACGUACUCGUACUAAAGAUAUUAUUCGUGAAAGUUUAAUCCCGUUAUUUUAAUUGCCUUUUGAUUGGUGUACUGGAAAGUAAAAGAAUCAAGUGGAAUUUAAAAUUUUGCUAUAUGGGAAGUAGGCGUCCUUAUUAUCCGAUUUUCACAAUGUGACAUAGAUCAGCGUCCAAUUUCCUCACAGGCUCUCAUAAAGCUGUCUCAUACCAUGUCGGUAGUAAAAUUUAAUGCUUCUGGCGUAUUUAGUUGGCAGGGUGCAAUAGCGCCUUGUGAAAUAAGGCCUUUAUUUCAAAAAAGGCUUUAUUACACUUCGAAAGAGAAAUAAAGCCUUAAAGGCCUUAUUGCUCUCUCAUUUUUUUUAAUGAAACAAUAAUAUUCUAAUUCUUUUUGUAUUUUAUUGAAUAGUUACACACAAAUUUCACAUUAACCAAAGUUAAUAGAACAUAAAUAAUUCAGAAAAAGAAUUUCAUAUUCAGCCCUAUCCCGCAAUCCAUCGUAGAGUGUUUUUUCGGGAAAGUUACGAAACUGCUAUCAUGCAAUUCGAACAGUUCCGAAAGUAAGUUCGAAAUUCGUAGAGUUGCGUUCACUGAAUUCACUCGGAACGGAAAAUUUUUAAGUUUAGCGGAAUUUUUGUACGACAGGUUUGUGCUAACGGAGAAAUAAAUUUCCAUAUGUGAGAGUCAUGAUUGCUGCCAGGAAACUGAAUAUUGACAUAACGUAUUUUCAUUUUAUUGUCACAUAUCUGCAAAACAUUGAUUAAGAUGUUUGAAAUGCGAAUUUGUCACCAAACUUACAAUCAUGGCAUUGAUACUAAAGUAUCCUUUGCGGUUAUAAUAGAGAAACUUAUCUUUAGUUGGGGCAACGAUUUUAAUAUGUGUCCCGUCUACACAUAAAAUCGCGCCUGGAAAUCCGUAUUUCUGAAAAAAAUCCUUUUUCGCUUCACUUUUUUCAACAUAACUUAAAUCGAGGUUUAUCCACUGAGGGCACAAAUGAGACUGAAGCAAUCCCAAUACUUCUUUUAAGAUGCAACAAAAUGUUGACUGAGCCAUUGGAAUAUCGAAGUCUUUACCCACUCCAUGCUGAUAGCCUCCUUCAGCUAAAAACCGUAAAACUGAAGACAAUCGAUGAAGUAAAGGUAUAGACGACGAUCUUGAAGAACUUGCAUUCCUCUCUAGAACAUCGAGGACAUACGUAAAGGCCGCCUUAUUUAAGCGAUAGUUUUUUAUAAACCUGUUUUAGAAAAAUAAUUUUAAUAAAAUUUAACAAUGAAUUUUUAUGGAUUUAUGAACUGUACAUUGUUUCGUCCACAUCGAAAGGGUUACUCCUGUCCCUCAGUGAUUUUCGGUGAAUUUUUAUAUCACGCCGACUUCUCUCACGUUCUUCCUCAAGCAACAUAAAUGAAAACGUUAGCGAAUACAUAUUUUUUGUUCGUAAAAUCAAUUUGAAUAUAAACGUUUCCACUUUUAUUAAUCCUAAUUUUUAUUUUUUCUUCUACACAGCUGAUUUCGAAAUGUCAAAAUUAAAUCUGGCAACAAAAGUUUCGAAUUCACAUGAAUUCAAUGAUAGCAAAUUGUUCGUAUUCGUAGCGGACAUUCGUAUUCGCAGCUUUGCUACGAUGGAUUGCGUGAUAGGGCUGAUUAACAAAAAUUAAUAGAACAUUAAUAAUUCAACAAAAAAUUUUCAUAUUAAGAAAAAAUAAUGGAAUAUUAAUAAUUCAAAAAAAGAACCCCAAAUUAAAAUAAACGAAAGAAAAUUAGACAAAUGUUUUUGGCUUCUUGAACAAUGGUCCGACACACUGGACAUAAAGUUGACACAGAAUUCCUUUUUUUCCGCGUCCAAUUUAUCAUAACAAUCACUGCAAAUCUUAAAAUGACUACAUGGCAAUAACAAUAUAUUUCUUUGUUUUUCAUAACAAAUAAUGCAUGUCAAAGUAUUUUCAAUGGUGCAAGGCAGGACAGAUGGUAAGGGAUCAAUUAUUGGAUCAACCUCAUCAUUCUCAACACCUGUCGUCGUCGUUAUACUAUCUUGUUCCAGAAUCGCGUUCAAAGACACCUCACUAUAUAAGUUAUAACUUAACUGGCUAAGACAGUCGUUCACACUGAUUAUACCAUUUUCCAAAUUUCUUAAGAGUGUUUUAAUCAAAUUUUCUCGCGUUUUUUACCUUUUUAAUUUUGCUACACAUAUUGAAAUACUGCCGUCCAAUGAUUUUUUAAAAUCAAUUGAUAUUGUCACAUCUACAUCUAGUAAAUGGUCUACGAAUUUAUAAAAACUUCCGUUUUUCGAAAGGUAUUUACCGAAUUGCCCAUUGAAUGAUUCUAUUAAGCUUGUAGUUUUAAUGGAUUCGUUAUAAACGGAGAAUUUUGAUGCGCCUUUCUAAAAAGAAAGAAGUCAUAUAUGUACAUUAGGCCGGGUCGGUUGGUGGGGAGGCAAAAAAAUCGCCCAUUGCUCUAUGAAAAUCAUAUUUUAGGGAUCAAAAUAAGAAACUUUGCCGAAGGAAUCAUACCUCUGAAACGAAUUCUGAUGUCCCCCAAUUUGGGUCGAACUUUUGAGUAGGGGCAAAUUUUGAAAUAAGUAGAAUUGAAAUUACCAUUUCAUUCUUAUUACCUCUGAAAGUGAGGAGAACUAAAGCAAUAACCACUAUGGUAUUUCAAAAAAAAUAAUAAGUGAAUUGACCAUUCUAAAUCAAAAAGGUUACAAUGAAUCCACCAUCCUCUACACCGCAAGAUGAAGCAACUAAAUCAACACCUAUCGAAAACCCAAUGAGUCAUAUACCCAAGCAUGAUGUUACUGUUUUUGGUGUGUCUACUGAUUUGACUGAUCUUAAUUUCCCAACCCAUCUGGAUAUCUUGAGAUAUUAUUUUUACUUAAGCGAACGUGCUAAAACAGAACAAAAAAAGUUUUCCCAUAAACCAUUCACUAUUCAAGUACAAGAUAAGUUGAUUGGAAUUUGGGAAAAACUUGGUAUGGAAAUAAUGCUGAAAAAAAGUGUAUGUCAUAAAUUGAAUAAAUUGCUUGACAAGUAUCAAGAGCAAAUCAAGAGAAGAAACAACACCCAACAAUUUACAGAGAAUGUAAAAUCUCUGGAAACAAUUUUUUACAUGGAACAUGUAAAUGCGAUUUGAAGGCAGCUCCAUGUGCAUGCGGCUGGGUUCCCGAACGCCUCAAAGAGUUCAUGCAACGUCUAUGUCAUCAAUGCCAACAUACCAAGAUCCCGAAGAUUCAACAUACGCACCGCCACCGGUUCAAGAAGAUAUGGAUAGAAGCACAAGUUCACAAUACACAGAGAGAUACGAUUGUUUUAACUUUGCCUUGGUAUGUGACAGAUUUGGUGUGCCUGACAGAGUAGCAUCAGCAUUGGGAACCGCUCUUUUGCAAGAUUUUAAAAUUAAAGAUGAGCAUGGGAAACCUCUCAUCGUGGAUAUUUCGAAAGUUCGCAGAGAAAGAGAGAAAUGCAGACAAGAAGUGCUUCGCAAACGGUUAGAUGAUACCAAUUUGUUAGCGUUUUCAUUCGAUGGCAGAAAAGAUGAUACUUUAACGAUAGAUAAAAUUGAUGAGAAGUAUCAUACUAGGAUAGUAAAAGAACCUCAUCUUGUUAUUUUGAGAGAACCCAAUUCUGAAUUGAUUGGUUACGUAAGACUGGAACAUGAAACCGCUGAAUACAAAACAACCAAAUUAAAUGGUUUUUUCAACGAUAAAAAUAUAUCACUGGAUACAUUAAUUGGAAUAUGCACUGACGGUGAGCCAACAAACACUGGCCCACACGGCGGAACUAUACGACGAUUCGAAUUGCUGUUAAAAAGACCAUUGUAUUGGUUUGUUUGCCUUCUACACUUCAAUGAACUUCCGUUUCGGCAUUUGUUUGAAGCUUUGGAUAAAUCAGCCAGCACUGGACCAAGAUCGGCAACCGAAAAACUGAGCCGUCAAAUCGAAACUUGUGCAAAUCUUCCGGUGGUGGACGGCUUCCAGAAAAUUGAGUUGCAAAAUAUGCCCCCUGCUCCAGAAAAAAAAGAAUUUUCCACCGAUUCAAAGUACUUAUACGACAUGGCCCAUGCAAUUUCUAGCAGCGUGGUUCCGGUGGAUCUGGCUAACAUCAAAACAGGGAAAAUUGUACAUUCUCGGUCGCUCACCAAGGCCGCUAGAUUAUUGCGAUUAUAUGUGACAAUGGAAAAUCCAGAUGCAAAUUUAAGAAUUCUAGUUGAAUUUAUAAUUAAAUGUUAUGUGCCAAUGUACUUCAAUAUCAAGUAUUACAGCUCUGUCGUGUACGGCAGUGCAUUAUUUUCAAGUUCAUUGGUUGGUCACGAUUUCUAGAACCUCGCUU